AAGCUUUAUUAAAUUAAAAUGAAACAAUUGUACUGAGAAAAUUUUAUAUUUUUUAUUAUUUUAAAAUUAUUUCCUUCUCUAUAGACUUUAAUAUAUCCAUAUUGAGUAUAGUUUAUAUAAUUUUACUUGAUAGUACAGAAGUUAUAAUUUUGAAAUGAAACGUGUUAGUUUAAACUUGUACCACAAGUACAGUAACAACUUUACUCUGAAAAGAUAUGUUUCAACUAUUAAAGAAAUUAAUUUAAAAGAUGAAGAAACUUUACAUCAAAAUUUUUUAUUUGAUAAAGAGUUGAAAAGGCAACAUGAAGCUGUAGGCCGCAUUGAAAAAAUUGUUGUUAAACACAUUGGUGUACCUGAAGAUGUUACACUAUCAAUGAAUAAAAACAUUUCAACACCUUAUCACUGUGCUAAACAUAUUUCUGAAAUGUUGGUAAGAAGAAGUGGCCUAGCUUUAAUAAAUGGUACACAUAUAUGGGAUAUGCAUCGACCUCUUGAAGAAGAUUGUGAAUUACGUUUCAUGCAUGCACAAUAUCUUCCAGAUCCAUAUCAUUUCAAUAGAGCAUAUUGGCGUAGUUGUUCAUUCAUAUUAGGAGCAGUUAUUACUAAAGCAUUAAAAAAAAAACAUCUACCAAUUUUACAUAGUUUUCCAUCACCAAAUGUUAAAAGUGGAAGCUUUGUGUAUGAUGUAGAAUUAGAAAAUCUUUCAGAAUGGAAACCUACUGAAAAUGAACUGCGUAUUUUAUCAGCAAAUAUGGUAAAAUUAGCACAAAAGUCUUAUAAUUUUGAAAGACUUAUUGUCUCUAAAGAGCUUGCUCUUGAAAUAUUUCAGAAUAAUAAAUUUAAAAAAGAGCAGGUACCCAAUAUUGUACAACAAUCAGUCGAUAAAAAAGUAACACUAUACAGAAUUGGUGAUCAUAUUGACAUUAGUAAAGGACCUAUGAUUGGAAAUACUGAUCUUCUUGGUCGUUGUACCAUAACAGCAGUACAUCAACAUGAAGCUAAAGAUAGAAUCUUAUAUAGAUUUCAAGGUGUUUCAUUACCUAAAGGAAUUCAUCUAAAUCAUUUUGCUUAUUCAAUAUUAGAGAAGAGGGCUCAAAAAUUGAAUUCUGCGAGUUUACCCGAUCAGGCUCAAAGUGAAAUGUUUAAACCGCAUUUUAAUCACGAAGAAACAAUAGUUUGAGAAAUUCUAUUAAUUUUGUAUAGAUUGUAUUUUUUAAAUAUAUAUAUAAGUUGCCUAAUUAGAAA